ACAAGCUCCAGCUGUCUCCUCCUGCAGCUGCAGAGGGCAGAGAGAGAGAGAGAGAGAGAGAGAGAGGGAGAGGGAGAGAGAGAGAGAGGGACAUACACUAGGAAAGGAGUAACGAGAAAAGGAUAACUUUUUUGUUCCAAUGUUUUUUUCCCUCGUUAUACUUUGACUUCCUCCUGGAAUUGUAACAGAAAGCAGAAGUUCUCUUCGGACACAUUGAUGAAUUAAGUUUAAAGAACUGUUUCUGCCAGUUCUGGUGCAGCCAUGCGGUUCCAGCUGAACACUGCGGCUUGUGUCAACUCUUUGCUCUUCGGGUUGAUCCUCUGGAGUUCCGCAGAAGAGUACGACUAUUACAGCUGGCAGUCCGACAACUUUCAGAACGGGCGCUUUUACACCAAGCAGAGCCAAUGCGUGGACAUCCCCCAAGAUCUCCACCUGUGCCAUAACGUGGGCUACAAGAAGAUGCGGUUGCCCAACUUACUUGACCACGAGACAAUGCCGGAGGUGAAGCAGCAAGCCAGCAGCUGGGUGCCCCUGUUGGCGAAGCGAUGCCAUAGGGAUACCCAACUCUUCCUGUGCUCCCUGUUUGCACCCAUUUGCUUGGAGAGACCUAUUUACCCCUGCCGCUCACUGUGCGAGGUAGUGCGUGACAGCUGCGCACCAGUAAUGGAGUCUUACGGUUUUCCUUGGCCGGAGAUGCUGAACUGUAAUAAAUUCCCUCUCGAUAAUGACCUCUGUAUUACUGUUCAGUUUGGUAGCAAGCAAGUCACUCAGCCACCAGUAACCAAGAUCUGCACUCAGUGUGAAAUUGAGCAAAAAUCAGAGACCAUGAGGGUUCAGUAUUGUGCGAGUGAUUUUGUUCUGCGGAUGCGGAUUAAAGAGGUGAAGAUCGAGAACGGAGACCGAAAGCUCAUAGCAGCCCAAAAGAAGAAGAAAGUUCUAAAGGCAGGAAAACUGAAGAGGAAAGAAUUCCGCAAGCUGGUCUUGUACAUUAAGAACGCGGCAGGAUGCCCGUGCCCCCAACUUGACAACCUGAGCGGCAGUUUCCUUAUUAUGGGUCGAAAGGUGGACAAUAAGCUUUUGCUCACCGCCAUCUACAAGUGGGACAAGAAAAGUAAAGACAUGAAGUAUGCAGUGAACUUCAUGUUCUCCUACCCAUGUUCUGACACUACUUCUCAUGGUGCCGGCUCACACAUGGGAUCCUUCCGCUAAGACCCAUAGCUAGAGAACUUUAUCAUGAUGCCCUCACCCAGCCUUACCAAAACGGACUUUAUAUUUUAGCAAUAGCAGUAACAUAGCAUACUCUGAGCUUAAAAUUCAAUAAAGAUUACUAGGGUAGUCAUACUGAGCAUCGGAGAGGGUGAAGGACGUGAUGGAUACUGGAUGGGAGAUAGCAAAUGGGGAGAGAGCGGGCUGAGGAUGCAGAGCUUCAUUUGAAGGACACAUGAGAAAACACAAAGUUUAUGGCUUCAGAACGGAACUGGAACAAUACAUUUCUAAGUCUAACAUUAUCGCAGUUGUUCAAAGCAGUAGUUUAUCAUUCCCUUAGGCAACACGCAUUAGGACUAAAGCCGCCUCUGGUAAAAGAAUCAUAAAGCAUGUACAGUACAGGAACGUUCGCUGGUUCGUGACUAGGCAGCAGCACUCUGUAGACUUAUACUCUGUGUGAUGUGAAGUUAGCAUGCCAGAAAACCUCUCCACAUAUAUUAUAAAUGUAUAUUGUUCCCCCAAAGACAUAUAUAUGAUUUUUUAAUAAGUUUUUAACUUCUAUGGCACGAUUCUACUGUGAAAAACCCCCCAAACAUUUAAACUUAGCAACAGGAAAGGUUUGUAUAUUUCUGCAGUUAAAGUCAAAGAAGAAUAUCAAUUUAUUUGGAUGAAAGUGUAUCUAGCUAUAUAGUAGACCGGUUGAGCCAGAAACUUGUCCAGACAUGGACAAGGAUCUGACAGAGCAGGUCAGCUAGUGAUAUCAUGGAUCUGGCAGAGCAGGUCAGCUAGUGACAUGUGACAGAGCAGGUCAACUAGUGCUAUCAUGGAUGUGACAGAGCAGGUCAGCUAGGGACAUGAUGGAUCUGACAGAGCAGGUCAGCUAGCGACAUCAUUGAUGUAACAGAGCAGGUCAGCUAGUGAUAUCAUGAAUGUGACAGAGCAGGUCAACUAGUGACAUCAUGGAUCUGACAGAGCAGGUCAGCUAGUGACAUCAUGGAUGUGAUGGAGCAGGUCAGCUAAUGACAUCAUGGAUCUUACAGAGCAGGUCAGCUAGUAACAUGGGACUGACAGAGCAGGUCAGCUAGUAACAUGGGACUGACAGAGCAGGUCAGCUAGUUACAUGGAUCUGACAGAGCAGGUCAGCUAGUAAUAUGGGUCUGACAGAGCAGGUCAGCUAGUAACAUGGGUCUGGCAGAGAAGGUCAGCUAGUAAGAUGGGUCUGGCAGAGCAUGUCAGCUAGUAACAUGGGUCUGGCAGAGCAUGUCAGCUAGUAACAUGGGUCUGGCAGAGAAGGUCAGCUAGUAACAUGGGUCUGACAGAGCAGAUCAGCUAGUAGCAUGGGUCUGACACAGAGCAGAUCAGCUAGUAACAUUGAUCUGACAGAGCAGUUCAACUAGUAACAUGGGUCUUACAGAGCAGGUCAGCUAGUAACAUCGGUUUGGCAGAGCAGGUCAGCUAGUAAGAUGGGUCUGACAUACUGAGUCAGCUAGUAACAUGGGUCUGACAGAGGUGGUCAGAUAGUAACAUGGGUCUGAUAGAGCAGGUCAGCUAGUAACAUGGGUCUGACAGAGCAGGUCAGCUAGUAACAUGGGUCUUACAGACAGAGUCGGAUUGUAACAUGGGUCUGACAGAGCAGGACAGCUAGUAACAUGGGUCUGACAGAGAAGGUCAGCUAGUAACAUGGGUCUGAUAGAGCAGGUCAGCUAGUAACAUGGGUCUGACAGAGCAGGUCAGCUAGUAACAUGGGUCUGAUAGAGCAGGUCAGCUAGUAACAUGGGUCUGACAGAGCAGGUCAGGUAGUAACAUGGGUCUGACAGAGCAGGUCAGCUAGUAACAUGGGUCUAACAGACAGAGCCAGGUAGGCACAUGGGUCUGACAGAGCAGGUCAGCUAGUAACAUGGAUCUGAUAGAGCAGGUCAGCUAGUAACAUGGGUCUGACAGAGCAGGUCAGGUAGUAACAUGGGUCUGACAGAGCAGGUCAGCUAGUAACAUGGGUCUGACAGACAGAGUCAGGUAGUAACAUGGGCCUGACAGAGCAGCUCAGCUAGUAACAUGGAUCUGAUAGAGCAGUCAGCUAGUAACAUGGAUCUGUCAGAGAAGGUCAGCUAGUAACAUGGGUCUGACAGACAGAGUCAGCUAGUAACAUGGGUCUGACAGAGCAGGUCAGCUCAAUAUGGAGAUACAAUAAUUUAGGCUUUAUCCAGUUAAAGUGUCCCAAGGUUACUCACAUGAGCAAUGGGAUUUUAUGCUCGGUCUUCGGACACAGCUGCAGAUCACAGAAACCAGCAAAACGUCUACUUACAGAAGACGCUACCUCCACAGG